AUGGAGUUCGUAGGAAGAGAGGAAGAUUUUGACCCUGUAGCACAACAGCUAGCAAGCAGUGAGGACGAGGGAGAGCUGACGAGAACGAGGCGGCAGAUCAAAGACCCGUGGAGCCGGAGUUCACGCAGUCGACAACGCCCCCGUGUGGCCGAAAAAUGCAACAGGUGUGACAGAGAUGGCACAGACCAAACACUGGAACACUUGCGGAAUAAAUACAAUACCGUUUUCAGUGAUCAGAUGGGAACAGUAAAAGGCUUCACAGCAAAACUUGUACUAAGAGAUGAUGCAACCCCAAAAUUCUGCAAAGCCAGAUCUGUUCCAUACUCCCUGAGACCAAAGGUGGAAGCGGAAAUCGAUCGCUUGCAGGAUACAGGGAUCCUGACGAAAGUGGACAGAAGCGAAUGGGCCACACCCAUAGUUCCUAUUGUGAAGAAAGACGGGUCUGUUAGAAUGUGUGGGGACUUCAAGGUAACUGUGAUUCCAAUGUUGCAUGUGGACCAAUACCCCCUACCACGCCUGGAUGACAUCUUUGCUGCACUAGCGGGUGGGAAACACUUCAGUAAAAUCGAUCUGAAACAGGCUUACCUGCAGCUACCGGUUGAAGAGAGUUCCAAACAGUACCUGACAAUAAACACACACAAAGGGCUAUACAGGUAUAACCGCCUGGUGUUUGGCAUUGCAUCAGCCCCAGCCAUUUGGCAACGAACUAUUGACCAGAUUUUGCAAGGAAUCCCAGGAACCCAGUGUAUCCUGGAUGACAUGAUCAUAACAGGACGCACCGACAAAGAGCACCUGGCUAACCUGGAAGAGGUCCUGAAAAGACUGAAAGAGUAUGGUCUACAGGCAAACUUAAAGAAGUGUGAGUUCUUCAAAGACAAGAUUGUCUUCUGUGGACAUGAGAUUGACUGUAAUGGAUUGCACAAAACACAGGACAAAAUCGAGGCAGUGGUACAGGCACCACGACCACAAAAUAUCACAGAAGUGAGAUCUUUCACGGGACUGAUCAAUUACUACAGAAGAUUCCUCCCAAACCUUUCAGCAGUACUCCAGCCUCUAAAUCAGCUCCUGGAAAAGAAUAGGACAUGGCGGUGGACAGAGCAAUGUGAAAAUGCAUUUCUGGAGGCAAAACGGCUCAUAACAUCUGAACAGGUCCUGAUGCAUUACGACCCUGAAAUGCCAGUGAAGUUGGCUUGUGAUGCAUCCCCUUAUGGAUUAGGGGCAGUCCUUUCACACACACUGAAAGAUGGGUCAGAGAGGCCAGUUGCAUUUGCGUCACGAACAUUGAAUGAUGCAGAGAAAAACUACUCACAAAUCGACAAAGAAGCACUGGCACUAGUGUGGGGCGUCAAGAAAUUCCACGCAUACCUAUAUGGCAAGCGUUUCACACUGGUUACAGAUCACCAGCCGUUGCUUUCCAUUUUCAGUCCAAAGAAAGGCAUUCCGGCAAUGACAGCAGCCAGGUUACAGCGAUAUGCCCUGUUCCUUGCCAGUCAUAUGUAUGACAUUGAGUUUAAGCCGUCAUCCCUCCACACAAAUGCAGAUGGAUUAUCCAGACUGCCAUGUACAAGAGAAAGGCAAAGGAGGGUGGAUGCAGUGGACAUGUUCCAUACCGCUCAGCUCGAGGCACUACCGGUCACAAGCACAGUUAUCAAACAUGAGACAAGAAAGGAGCUGACUCCGUAUUUCCAGCGGAGAAACGAAAUUACAACGUACCAGGGAUUUUUGAUGUGGGGAAUGAGAGUCAUGAUACCCCAGAAAUGCCAACAUCGAGUCUUGCAGCAACUACAUGAAGGUCAUGUUGGAAUUGUCAAAAUGAAGCUGCUCGCAAGGAGCCACUUCUGGUGGCCAGGUCUGGACCAACAGAUAGAAAAUAUGGCAAAGAACUGUAGUGGAUGUUUGGAAACCCUUCACAUGCCUGCUCCUGUCCCAGUCCACCCAUGGGAAUGGCCCGCAGAGCCAUGGCAGAGAAUUCAUGUGGACUACGCUGGUCCUUUUGAAAAUCACAUGUUUCUGGUUAUAGUUGAUGCCCAUUCCAAAUGGCCAGAGGUGUUUUGCACUGACUUCUCCACCUCAGCUCAGACGAUAGAGUGUCUCAGAACAACGUUUGCACGCUUCGGUUUGCCACUGCAGCUGGUAAGUGACAACGCGCAAGCUUUUGUAAGUGACGAGUUUACAAGAUUCAUGUCAGUAAAUGGAAUCAAACACUCAACUUCAGCUCCGUACCACCCUGCCAACAAUGGGCUGGCAGAACGCUUUGUGCAAACUCUAAAGCAAGGACUCCGUGCAGCAAAAUGA